AUGCCUGGGACUCGGCUGGUGGCGGCGGCGGCGGCGGCGGUGCUGCUGUGGUGUGCUUGCGCGGCGCCCGCUGACGCUUCUUUGCGGACCAGGACUCCGCCGCGGCGCCGCAACGUGGCCGUGCUGGCGCACGACACGCGGCCCGGCUUCGACGUCCGCCAGUUCCCGAAGGGCCACAGCUACCGUCUGCUCGACACCGGAUUCUCCGACUUCUUCACCCUGGUGCCCGGCGGCAUACUCAUGACCACGGCAGACUUGCGGCCGCUGCUCGGCCGGAACGUGACGCUCGCCGUGCUCGAGGACGGAGCCGUGAACCGGACGCUGGAAGUGGCCGUGCUGGACCGGCGCGACAUGCUGCGCUUCGAGGAGCGCCGCGACCCGGCCACGGUGGCGGAGAACGCGCCCGCGGGCACGCACGUGGCCACGCUGGAGCCGGCGGCCGGCUGGCGCGGCGGCCCGCUGCUCUACCGGCUGCUCGUCGGCGACCCCGGCGGCGCCUUCCGCCUGGAGGCGGACAACGGCUCCAGCGCCGCGCUCGUCACCGCCUGGCCGCUGGACCGCGAGCAGCAGGCCGACUACGAGCUCACCGUCGAGGCGGAGGACGCCCUCGGGCUGGAGCGCGCCAUCACCACGCUGCGCGUGCGCGUGCUCGACGAGAACGACAACGGCCCCGUCUUCUCCAGCAAGGAGUACCGCUUCCCCGUCGACGUGGGCUGGGUGCCGCCGCCGGGCCGCUUCCGCACUGUCGGCAAGGUCUCCGCGACGGACGCCGACGGGGACCGCGUCGUCUUCUCCCUGGGUGCGCCCAGCCGGCUGGUCGUGAUCGUGCCGCAGACGGGCGAGCUGCUGCUGGCCGGCGACCCGCCGCAGGAGGACACCGACUACGAGAUCAUCGUCGAGGCGCAUGACCUCCGCUCCCCCAGUCGCAGUGCGGUCGAGCCGGCGCGCGUCUUCCUCCAGUUCAACGUGCCGCCCCCGGUCCAGCAGGAUCGAGAGCUCCUGGCGAUAUCUGCGGAAGAAGAACACAUCGAGGACAUCGAGAAAGAGUUCGAACCCGGCCCCGACCCGGAAGAAGUGGCUGAAGUCGUGCCGAGCGUGCACCGCAUCACCAAGCGCCGCGUGACGCGCGCCGUGCGGCCCACCAAGAGGAUAGAGUUCACAGAGGCAGACGGCGAGACCGAGGGCCGCGUCGUCUUCCAGCUGGAGAAGGAGACGGAGCGCGAGACCUUCAAGAUACGCGACGAGAACCCCUGGGUCACCGUCGAGCCCAAUGGCGCCGUCCGCGUCAAGAAGAAGUGGGACUACGAGGAACUCGGCCCGGAGAAGACUAUAGACUUCUGGGUCACCAUCACCAACGCCGCAGCAGCUCCUGGACUACGCUACACGGACAACCAGCGCGUGAUCAUCCAUGUGAAGGACGUGAACGACGAGCCGCCGUAUUUCAUCAACCGGCCGCUGCCGAUGCAGGCCGUGGUGCAGCUGAACGCACCGCCCAACACGCCCGUCUUCACGCUGCAGGCCCGCGACCCGGACACCGACCACAACAUCCACUACUUCAUCGUGCGCGACCGCACCGGCGGCCGCUUCGAGGUGGACGAGCGGUCGGGCGUGGUGCGCACGCGCGGCACGGACGCCUUCCAGCUGGACAUGGAGUACGUGCUGUACGUGAAGGCCGAGGACCAGAACGGCCGCGUCGACGAGCGCCACUUCCAGUCGACGCCCGAGGAGCGGCUCUCCAUCGUGGGCGGCAAGCGCGCCCCGCAGUUCUACAUGCCAUCCUACGAGGCCGAGAUCCCCGAGAACCAGAAGAAGGACUCCGAUAUAAUUUCAGUGAAAGCAAAAUCUUUUGCUGAUCGUGAAAUUCGAUACACACUGAAGGCCCAAGGUCAAGGAGCAGGUACUUUCAAUAUUGGACCUACCUCAGGAAUUGUUAAACUAGCCAAGGAACUAGAUUUUGAGGACCUCCGUCAACCUCAUGUUUAUUCUCUAAUUGUUACUGCCACUGAAGAUUCUGGAGGUUUCUCAACGUCUGUGGAGCUUACAAUACGAGUCACAGAUGUCAAUGAUAAUGCUCCAAAGUUUGAAUUACCAGAUUACCAGGCUCACAAUGUUGAUGAAGAUGUACCUCUUGGAACAUCAAUAUUGAAAGUGAAAGCAACAGACUCAGAUUCUGGUGCAAAUGCAGAAAUUGAAUAUAUGGUUUCAGAUGAUCAUUUCAGUGUAGAUUCUAGUGGAAUCAUAUCAAACAAUAAACAGCUGGAUGCAGAUAACAACAAUGCAUACUAUGAAUUUGUUGUGACAGCAAAAGAUAAAGGAGAACCAUCAAAGACUGGGACUGCUACAGUACGAAUUUACACAAAGAACAAAAAUGAUGAAGAGCCUAAGUUUUCUCAACAAGUUUACACACCAAAUGUUGAUGAGAAUGCAGGACCCAACACUUUAGUUACUACAGUUGUUGCUUCUGAUAAAGAUGGUGACAAUGUGCGUUUUGGUUUUGUUGGUGGUGGGACAUCAUCUGGACAGUUUGUUAUUGAGGAAAUCACAGGUGUAAUACGUCUGCAUGGUAAUGAAAUUUCAUUAGAUCGUGAUAAAUAUGAACUGAAUGUAACAGCAAUGGAUGAUGGUUCAUGUUGUGUUAACGGGGAUAGCACUAUUCAUACAAGCACAGCUGUUGUUGUUGUUUUCAUAACUGAUGUGAAUGACAACAAACCAGUUUUUAAGGACUGUGGAACUUACUCACCUAAAGUUGAAGAAGGUGCACCAAAUGGAAGCCCUGUCAUUAAGGUACAUGCAACAGAUGAAGAUAAGGGAGUUAAUGGACAGGUGAAAUAUUCCAUUGUUCAACAACCUAAUCAAAAGGGAACUAAAUUCACUGUUGAUGAAGAAACGGGUGAAGUCUCAACAAAUAAGGUGUUUGAUCGUGAAGGUGAUGAUGGAAAAUUUGUGUCAGUAACGGUGAAAGCCACUGACCAAGGAGAACCUUCCUUGGAAGGUGUAUGCUCAUUUACUGUGGAGAUUACUGAUGUUAAUGACAAUCCUCCCCUUUUUGACAGACAGAAAUACAUAGAGAAUGUGAAACAAGAUGCAAGCAUUGGAACUAACAUACUGAGAGUGUCAGCAUCAGAUGAGGAUGCUGAUAAUAAUGGUGCCAUUGUAUACACAUUAAGUGCACCAUAUAAUCCAGAUGAUCUGGAAUAUUUUGAGAUUCAACAAGAAUCAGGAUGGAUUGUUCUGAGGAAGCCGUUAGAUCGAGAGACGUACAAGUUGGAAGCCAUGGCUCAAGAUAAAGGAUACCCUCCCUUGUCCCGAACCGUCGAAGUUCAAAUAGACGUUGUGGACCGUGCAAACAAUCCUCCAGUCUGGGACCAUGUUGUGUAUGGACCCAUCUACAUUAAAGAAAACAUGCCAGUUGGGGCAAAAGUUGUGUCUGUUAAAGCCAGUUCUGGUAUAGAAGGAAAUCCAACUGUUUUCUAUCGCCUCAUGCCAGGAUCUACAGCACAAACCAACAAAUACCAUACUUUCUAUUUACAACAAAGAGCUGACAAUGGAUUUACUUGGGCAGACAUCAAAGUGAAUCACCCAUUAGAUUAUGAAAGUAUUAAGGAAUAUAAUCUCACAAUACGUGUAGAGAAUAACGGAGCACAACAGCUGGCUUCAGAAGCAACAGUAUAUAUUCUGCUGGAAGAUGUAAAUGAUGAGAUACCACUGUUCACUGAGAGAGAGCAAGAGACUGUUCUUGAAGGUGAACCUAUUGGAACAAAAGUAACACAGGUCAAUGCAAUCGACAAAGAUGGGACUUUCCCGAAUAAUCAGGUGUACUACUACGUGGUCGACUCCCCUCGGAACGAGGGUAAGGACUUCUUUGAGAUCAACCUGCAGUCCGGCGAGGUGUUCACCAAGGUGGUGUUCGAUCGAGAGAAGCAGGGCGCCUACGCACUGGAGGUGGAGGCGCGCGACGGGGCCUCCUCGGCGCGUCCCAACAGCAACGGACAGCCCAACUCCGGAUAGACUUGGUCGUAUAAUGCUGUGGCCUUCUCUACCAGACAUCACGGCACCUAGAGUAUCAGCAACCAAACUGACAGCCUGCAGCCACGGGU